AGGCGGGAGGGAGCGGAGCAGACAUGUCGGAAACCUCCCACGAGGGGCCCCGUGUAAUUCGAUGCACGCUGUUAAAGCUUAGAGUAUAUUGUCUUCUCUUGCUUAUGAAGCCUCCACCCACCGGCCCACCCUACAUUUAGCGGAUCAUGUGACCGUGGUAAGUCAUUUGCAAGUACAACAGUUCUCUGUGAGCCCCCAUUCAUUUCCUGAGAACUACCCAGAGCAGCUGAGAGAGAGAGAGAGAGAGAGAGAGAGAGAGGGGAGGACUGUAUAAGGAAAACACUUUCUGCCGCUCUGCAGCUCCCGAUCAGACAUCAUCAAUAACAGGAUGUUAAUGCUGGACGGAAUGCCUGCAGUCCGAGUUAAAGCAGAGCUGCUGGAAUCUGAGAGAGGGUCCCCCAAAGUGCACAGUUACCCUGAUAUGGACGCAGUGCCCCUCCUCCUGAGCAAAGUGAAGGCGGAGCCACCAGAAGACCUCCUCUCUUCUGAACAGUUCCAAACACAGACUGAACCCGUAGAUCUGUCAAUCAACAAGUCUCGGACAUCCCCCCCUUCAGCCACAGCGUCACCAAUCACCUCGGCCUUCUCACCAUCCUCCUCUUCUUCGUCAUCAUCCUCCUCCUCCUCGCCCUCCGUCAUCGCCUCCAUCUCUUCGGGUAUGCCGUCCGUGUUGACGCCCGGGCCCCUGGUGGGCUCGCCUCCUGGAGUCCGAGGGCAGCCGUUUUUGCACAUCAUUCACCCGGUGCCGCCCUCCAGCCCCAGCAAACUGGCCAGCCAGGUGCACCGCAUCCCUGUGGUGGUGCAGUCGCUGCCCCUCAUGUACACUACAGCGGUGCGCUCACCCUCCAACCACCUCAACUCCAGCAUCAUGUUACCUCUACUGGAUGAUGUUAAGGGUCAUGGCAAAGCACAAACAGACCCCAACGGCUUGUCGCCAAGACAAAUCAAAAGUGACAGUGAUGACGACGACCUGCCAAAUGUAACCUUGGACAGUGUUAAUGAAACAGGAUCCACCGCGCUGUCUAUAGCACGAGCAGUGCAGGAUUCUAUGUCACCAUUCAGUAUUGAGAGCAUGCGACGCCCUCGGCGGUCCGAAUCACCAGACUCCAAGAAGAGGCGCAUUCACAGGUGUGACUUUGAGGGCUGCAAUAAAGUUUACACCAAGAGCUCCCACCUGAAAGCACAUCGGAGGACACACACAGGUGAGAAGCCAUACAAAUGCACGUGGGACGGCUGCACGUGGAAGUUCGCUCGCUCGGACGAGUUGACGCGGCACUACCGGAAGCACACGGGGGUCAAGCCCUUUAAAUGUGCGGACUGCGACCGCAGCUUCUCGCGCUCGGACCACCUGGCCCUGCACCGCCGCAGGCACAUGCUGGUGUGAGCCCGGUCCUCUUCACUUGCACACAAAAAGAAGGCCCACCCACCCACACACACUUUCUCUCUCUCUUUCGACACACACACACACACACCUGCGCGCGUGCACGCCGGGGCGGGGGGAGCUGGGUUUCUCCCCCUGUACUCGUUCAGCUGGGCUGGACGAUGGGUAGAUGUUUGUGACCCGGACCCUGGUUGAGGAGAAAUAGAGAAAGAGGAAAGAGGGAAGAAUAAAUAGGUUUUAUAGGAGGAGCUGGAACAGGGUUCGCCCCGAGGAUGGAAGAGGAAGGAAGAGGUUGGCCUACAGACUUGGGGUCUCUUUUCAAAGGUGUUCAGGAUGGAUGUUCUUCGACUCGGGCAGCUGCUCGCUGGUCCUUGAGUGAAGUUUGUUCUGUCUGCAGUUUGUUUGUCUGAAUUUUCUUUUGUUCGGCAUCUUCUUUUUUGUUUUUGUUGUUCAAAACGGCUGCUUCCUCUCGUCACGUGACAAUGUGAAGAACUUCAGAAUUUUAAGAAUUUUGAGAAUUUUAAGAAUUUUAAGAAUUUUGAGAAUUUUCAGAAUUUCAGAAUUUCGGAACAUAAUGGCUGCGUUCACACCAUCCUUCUUUUUUUUUGGACCUGGGCUACAAUCGGGCUACAAAGGUGGAGCGGGAACAGUUGUGGAUUAAGCUCCUUCAGAAACAAGAACAACAGUAUUGUUGCCAACACUGAUGUCCUGCCUGGGCUCGUGGAACAGCUUCUUUCCACAACAGUCCAGAAGCCCAAGAUUUUCUUUUCUUUUCUUUUUUUUUGUUUUCUUCCCACAGGUCUUUACCACAGGUCAAUCAGCAAACCAGCGAAUGAGAUUACAUUCACACUUACACACACACACACACAGCAGGCAACACAUCAUAUAUCGACUCACAGUUCACUGUGGCUGUGCGCUUUGGUUCUCCUCGUCCUGAUGUUGGUUUUUACAUCAAAAACGAGAAAAUAUUUCUUUUUUUUUUUUUGGAUAUUCAAAGCACAGGCACUGAAGUGUGUGGAGUACGCGCGGCUUUAUGGACUCUUAGGCGGGCCUUAGGACUCCACUUUGGCGACACUUCAGGUUCCCCGCCCCUUCGGUUCGUAUUGGUGCAUUCUGUUCUGUGAUCAGCGAGUUAAGUGCAAUUGUACACGAUCCAUACAUAGACGUUUCAGUAUGAGAUUAUUAUUUUGCUUUUUCUAUUAAUAUUAUUAUUAUUAUUGUUAUUAUUUCCAUUAUGUACCCCCUCUUCUGUAUAUUAAUUAUUCUUACUUUGAAACUUUGAAAGCUGAGAGCUUGGAAUAGGAUGGGCCCCUGGAAUCAACAGCACAGCAGUGUGCUCUCAACAGUAUUAUAUUAUAUUAUAUUAUAGUCAAUACAUCCCAACACAAAAGCAACCCCUUCCUAAAACAGAUACAGGAUACAGAGAAAGCGCUGAACCUCCACCAUGUUUGAUGUUUCACGGAUGUUUCACUGCUGAAUGCCCAUCUUGUUUUAGUUUUAGGUUUUUUUUUUUUAGUUCAGUAAAUUGGGGUACAAGCAGAAUCGUACUAAUGUUGGCCUUUGAUUUGAUUGUGUGAUCCUUUGUUUUUUUAUAUUUUAUUGUACUUGAACAGACAAUACACGCCAGGAGAGCAAUACACUCACUCAAGAGCAAACUGGGGAGUCUGCUCUGAUGUCAGAGGGCUUUCUUACAAAAAAAAAAAAAAAAAACAUGGACUGGACAAAUCUUUGGCUUUCUAUCAGUGCCACUUGGUUUUCUAUACUGCAGAAUCUUCUAUAUUUGUAAUGGAUUUGUAGCUCUGACAUUUUGGACAUUCAGUAUAAAAAAUGAAAAAAAAAAGUCUCAACCACAAGUAGGAUUUGAUUUGCGUUGGAAUAAGUUGAUUUAAGUGUAAAUGUAAAUCAGUACAGAGCAGCAGGGUUUCCCCAAAUGAAGCUGGAUUUGUCCCCUUUUAUACCCAUCUGAUUCUCCAGAGAUAAUUCAGUUUAAUAUCAGUUUUUGGCAUUUUAAACUUGUGAACAUAUGUUUUGUUAGUAUUACAAGUAUUACAAGUUACUCUCAGUCCUCUUAUCGUAUCGUAUUGUGUUUAAAUGCAUUAACUAAUGCAUUAAUACACAUCCAUACAUUUAAAAAUUGACUUCUAAUAGUGAUUUUAAAAGACAUACAAUCAUUUCUAGACCCUCUGGUUUGCAAAUUGGUACACUAAACACCAUAUAUAUACAAGCUAGUAAGUGUUAUGUGGUUUUAGCAGUUUUAGCUAUUUUACAAGUUGGCCACUAGAGGGCAGUCACUUCAUGGAAGUUUGAUAAAGAAUAGAGGCUAAUUAAAUUAUUCAGAAAUAAGAGAUUAAUAAUAUAGAGGUUUAUAUAUUCAUAUAUUCUUAUUGGGCUGGAAAAGAAAAGAAAAGAAAAAAAGAAGAACAUCAGUGAGGUUAUUUUAUAUAAUGAUGGUAUGUUUGUCCAUUUAUACCAGAAGAUAAAUUAUAAAGAUAAAGAUGAACACUACAUUAACUGAAUAUGAAAUAUCAGAUAAUAUGUACGGGACAACUAAGGUGACAUCGUGUAAAAAAAAAGAAAGAAAAAAGUGUGGCCACACAUUAAAUUAAGGCAUGGGAACAAGAUUUUAAUGGAUUGUAACAAGAAAAUUAAGGCCUGUGAAUGAGAUAAUUAAGUCAUGGCCAUGACUUAUUAAGGCAUGGAAACGAGAUCCUAAUGCAUUAGAAUAGAUAACUAAGGCGAGGGAACGAGAUCCUAAGAAAUGGGAAUGAGAUAAUUAAGGUGUGUGAAUGAGAUAAUUCAGUUGUGGCCACGACUUUUUAAUGCGUGGGAAUGAGAUCAUUAAGACGUGCGAAUGAGAUAAUUAAGUUGUGGCCACAAAUUAUUAAGGCAUGUAAAUGAGAUAAUUAAGUCAUAGCAAGAGAAUAACGCAUGCUUUUCUGUAAAUUAAUUCUCAUGGAGAAACUGAAUAUCUCAUUCCCACGCAUUAGGAUCUCAAUCCCAUGCCUUAAUGAUAUAAUCCCCAUACAUUAGGAUCUUGCCCCAUGCCUUAAUUAUCUUGUUCCCACACAUUAGGUUCUAAGCCUUAAUAAGUCAUGGCCAUGCAUUCUAUUUUUUUAACACGAUGUCACCUUAGGUGCUCAGUAGAAACGCAAAAAGCUUGUAUCUCUAAAAUAGCAACUUCAUAGUAGCAGGGAAAGCCUUAUAUUUCAGAGGAAGUCCAUGUGCAUUAUAUGAAUCAAUUUUAUUCAUAUUCAAAGCAUUUCUAUUGGUCCAUUCAUCUCGAGAGUUUGAAAUAAUAUGAAGAACAGCUGCCAGAUUUUGGCUAGGUCAAAAAAUGAAAAAUGCAAAAAGAAGAAAAUGGAGAUAAAAGUUUUUUUUUAUUAUUAUUAUUUUGCAUAUUUUUCCUAAAUGCAUCACAUUGCCCAAUGUAAAACUGGCAUGUGGUCACACAGACAGCAGACGUCGUGUGAACGGCUCAUCUUUUAGUUCUGUGGCUUUCUGUUCCACCAGCGAUGCACUUUCAAUAGGCCAGUACAAGCCUCAGUGAUACAUCUUCAGAUUUACACACACACAUGCACACACACACUCACAUUUUCAUGCACACUGCUGAUGAAAUAUCUGUCCUAUCUCAAAUAAAUCGAGGUCAAAAAGAAUCAGUUUUGUGGAAAUGCUGUAAAAGGAAUGUGUCCAUUAGAAAUUCAACACGACCAACCGCGUCUCCUGCUCUUUGAGUUCUAAAGUAUUAUCAUUAUUACGUUCUAUUUUUGUUCUUGUUGUUGUUGCUGUAUCGCUGCGUAUCGUUUAGUUUGUGUACACAUGCGUGUUUCCUGUGGUAUAUGGGCUCAAGCAUAUCAUCAGCACCUUGUUUUUGAAUGAAGAAUGAAUAUGAAAUGAAUUAUUUUCAUUUAGACACAACAUUAAUCACCAGUGUAUCUUCUUUAUCAUCUUAUAAUGUAUUUUUAUUGUUUUGUUUUCUGAGGCAUUUUUGUUUUUUCUGCGAUGUGGGGCACUUCAUCUGCAUAUGACUAUUUUCUGUACAAAGAGAUCUUUUGAAAUGUUGUAAUAUAUGUGAAAGUGAAAGUUAUUACUCAGUUUUACAGGCUGUAAAUACCUAUUGAGAAUAGGUCUUUUUAUUUGUUUUGUAAUUCAAGGGAUUACCUUUAUACAUAUGCAGAAUGCUUUUUUUUUUUUUUGCAGAGAGCUUUGUGAACCUAUUGGCCUAUUGUUGAUAUAGCGUACAGCGUCAUCUUGGACACUCACAUCUCACACUUUAUACGAUGGAGAUAAAAAAAAAAUGUGAUUAAACAAGCCAGUGAAAUGCACAGUCGUAGUCCACACACAGUGUUCAGGAGCCGCUGCCGCAUCUGCCAAGGCCGUCCGCGUUCAGCCAUUUCUAAUAAUAAUAAUAAUAAUAAUAUUAAUAAUAAUACAAUAAUAAUAACUUGAUGAAGUGUUUUUUGUAACAGCGGUAUUUUGCUAAAUCAAGAGAAAAACAACCUCCUUUAAUGAAUGUUCCUCUCUAAACAGUAUUUAAGAGCCAUCAGCAUUGCAUUCCCUUUUGUUCUUUAGAUUUUUUUUAUCAUUUUAUUUAAAUUGAUUUAAUCUAUGGAUUUCAAUAUUACCCAACACUUCUAAUAGCAGGUCUAAUUAAUCCUCUAUGUGCUAUUAGCUGUAUUUAUUAGCAUCUGCAAUAGUGCAUCAAGUAACUGGAGAUCUGGGGUUCAUAAGUAAUUUCCAAACACAUAAUAAAUCAGCUACAUUGUUAGUUGUAUUAAUGCCCACUAAACACGACCUUGUUAUGACCUUGUUAUGACAUUGUUAUGUAAAUUACAGUAAGUAGUAUCAGGUGACUUUAUCAUUAACAUAAAUAUCCAGACCGUUCUUUAAUUAUAUAUAUUUUUUACUUUGUUUAUAUUUUUCUCCUGUUUUUCUCCCAAUUUAACAAUUAUCCCACCCAUUCAGCUGCUACUCAGCUGUAUAUCCCCCAUCACUAGUGAUGCCUCGACACAAGGAGGUUAAAGACUAGCACAUGUCUCAUCCGACACAUGUAAAGUCCCC